AUGGUGGAUCGCAAUGAGAGAGGAUCAAAUUCUGAUGAAAUCAGCAGCCGAACCCCUGUCAGGAUUCCGACCACUGGAACCUUAAUUCUGCCAGCGAAAACUUGUUGGGAUUGUGAAACCACAAGAACCCCUUUGUGGCGAACUGGCCCCUCUGGACCUAAGUCACUGUGUAACGCUUGCGGGAUCAGGUUCGGUAAGUUGAGAAAAGAACUUGAACUUCUUGGACUGGUAAGCCCCAAAGUGGUGAGGAAGAGGAAUUCAACGAAGAGCUCCAGCUUGAAUAUGAGCACCGUGACUAGCGACAGAUCGUCGGGCAACAACAACGUCGGCGAGGCGUUCAACAAGCCGGCUGAUUUGGGGGGUUCGGGAAAUGGAGAGCUCGUGUCCGAGAACCUGAGAUCAAGGUUGUUCGAGGCAGCGAGUGUUGUGCAAGGAGAAAUGGAGCAAGCUGCUCUGAUUUUGAUGGCUAUGUCAUGUGAUUGA